UACUUCUUCAACUAACUAACUAGUUACUCUCUCUCUCCCCGUUUAACAUCGAUUCUAUCAAGUCAAUAAUUGUAUUAUCGCUUCUACUAGACAAGGAACGCACGUUUUUAGCAUAGAUGUCUUCCUCGCCAACAUGUCCCUUUUGUAAGAUCGCAGCGGCAUAUCCUCCGAUUUCCCCAUCGACACCAACACCAACAUCAACAUCAACAUCAACAUCAACAUCGAGUUCUCCCCCGGAAAAUGCACCGGUUUCAUCGGAUUCUGAUUCCCACGCUUUCCUUAUCCUUUCCACCAGACAUGUUCUGGCCUUUCUCGAUACCAUGCCGCUAACUCGUGGGCAUAUUCUGGUUGUUCCAAGAGACCACUACGAGAAACUCGGCGAAGUAGGCGUUCACGUUAGUCGAGAGAAACUCUGAUCCAAGCUGGAACUGGAACUGGA